AUGCAGUUACCCUACCUUGGACCACUCACUACAGUACCAACGCCCGAUGUAGAGUUAGACAAUACUGAAAUACCUGUCAAACUUGGUUUGAGAUUUGCCAUCGAAUCCAGAAGGUUUGCCAAUGGCUUGGAUAUCCCGGAGAUUGAGACGAAACCAAUGCCAUCAAAGGAAGAAGUAAUGUUAUUUUCCUCUUCAAGUUCUGCAUGUAUGCAUCUGACUACAGGAUGAAACGAGCAUGAGAGACAUGAGAGUAUAUUAGAAUUGGUUAGCUGUUCUUGAUGGAAAAACGCUUUCCUAACAUUAUCGUGUAUUUGAAUUAGAUUAGUAAAACGUAGUUGGAACACUUUAUAUCAAAACUUUAUUUUGUUAAUCUAGAGCUUGAAAUGACCCCUGUUACAAGUUGUCAACUCUCAUCAACUCUCGUCCUCGUUUGACCUUGACUUUAGUCAUGGAUGGUAGAAAUGUUGAUAAGAGAAACUGAAUUAAACUACAUUACUUCUUUCUAUUUAUUUGCCCAUAUUAUAUACCCAACACAUAAAAGGAAUUAAGAUUUUCUUACUAAUUGAUGAGGUCGACCACCAUCUAUGCCAAACUAGUACAUGCAGUAAAGAAAAUAGUGAUUCCUAUUCACUCUUGCUCUGAUAAUUGCAGCUUGAUCACCACCCGCUAUACAACAAUAGUGCUUAGUGAAACUCAUCCAUAUCUAGCACCGUUGAAAAGUCUCAUUUUUGUUUAGCUGAACGAGGAACAACUUGAAAAACGAAAGUUAAGGCGAGAAAGAAAUAAAGUGGCGGCCUCAAAAUGUCGAUUGAAAAGAAAAGCACAAGCAAGCAAACUAGAACAGGCAAGUGGUUGUUGUUUAUAUCUCUUCUAUUUUCUCAUUCUGAUAUCUACUGCAUGGUUGACCAUCUGUAACACGAUAAAACUUAGUGGAAUCACCUAUACGUACUGCUGUAUUCAAUCGCAAUUUAUUCUACAUUUAGAAUUCGAACGAACUUCUAACUGCGAAUCAAGAUCUUGAAGAUUUAAUACAAGAACUAAAGAAAGAGAAAUUCGGCCUCGAAGCAAUGCUGAAUAAGCACAAAUGUUUGUUACACACUGCGGUGGAAGAAACAAGAGAAUAUUAA